GCUGUUCAGAGACCCAGCAGGCAGUGGUCAGCGUACUGUGAUUGUUGUGAAUGAAGCCAGUGUGCAAUGUGGAGAGUAGUGACUGUUUUGUCCUUGUUAGCUAUUGCUGCCUUAUCAGCAGGUUGUCCUGGCACUGUUCAAUACCUGUCAGGGAGCAACAUUGAUAACAUCAGAGGUUGCACAAUAGUAGAGGGUAGUCUGGUCAUUAACCAGAUGUCUUUCACUGGUGAUGCUACUGCAAUACCAAGCAUACCUCCUAUUGCACUCGAUCAACUGUCCUACCUAGCAACUAUCGAACAAAUCAGUGGUUACUUAUACAUUCAUGACCUUCACAACAUCACCAAUCUUCGGUUCCUGCAAAAUCUGGAAGUAAUUAAUGGAACUGAGACCAUUGCUCUUAUGACUGGGGAAUAUGCUGUGAUAAUAGAAAACAAUAAUUACUUGCAGACACUCGGAUUGUCCUCCCUAAAACAAAUAAAGAAUGGAGGAAUUAGGAUAGCUACCAACCCUCAGCUUUGUCUGGUUGACACGCUAACACUGGAGAAUUUCAUGGCAACUAAUAGUCCAGUUCGAACCGGAGGACUGGGAACGGACUGCUCAGGCUACACAUGUCACGAGCAGUGCUCUACAGGGAGAGGCUGUUGGGGCACACUGGCUGACGAGUGUGUCGAGUGUCAGAACUACGACUACUUAGGAACGUGUCUCCAAUCAUGUGACCUGAGUGUGUCUUAUGCCAACGAUUCCACUAAUCAGUGUAUACCUUUGGCUCUACCAACCACUAUUGACGUCUCUACCACCAUGUCAACCAUAGCCUCCACACCAGCACACCCUGAUACUACACACCCUCACACACAAACUACUCAACUUGUUACUCAAGCCACUAACGAAUCAACACCAGCAAAAAGCAUGCCAACUGACGGUACAUUUCCCGAGCACUUGUCCUGGCCCAUUAUAGUCGGGUCUAUUGUCGUGGCAACUAUACUGCUCGCUUCACUGAUUGCUGUCUGUUACUGCUGUUAUCGUUCAAAAAGCUCUAAAAAAAAGUCGUUACCCAUGAUAACUACAACAACAACAUCAGACGUCGAAAGUGACAAUACAAGCGAUCACUUCAAAAUCAGUCUUCGAGAUUUGAACUCAAAAAGAAUGCGGCAGGAUUCCGUUAAAUGCCAUCCUAGCGAUAAUCUCUCUACUACACUGGGUACCUCAUACGAUCCUGGACCUGAAGGUUCUCCAACUUCAAUCACAAGACUACUCAAAGACAACCCAGCUUCGAGUGAGGCAUGUACACAACAGUACAGUAGAAGGUCAUCUCCAGAGACAGAAUUUAGACAACGUCAAAGCUUGUCGACGAUUCCUGGUACGAUGCAUGGUGGUAUUUACAGCACCCGGACACCCCCCUCACACCCACACAGAUUCUCAGCCACACCCCACACACAUAGAGGGUCGUUAAGCUCGGUUCAAGGUGGAACAAGCUCAAGAUCGAGUGGCGUGCCAAGCCGAUCGAGCAACAUUACUACAGCUAAUAACAGUCAACUUGAACUGAGGACAUCAACUAUAGAGUGACUAAUUAACUCUGCUUAAGAGAAUAUACUCAGCAAAGUCUAAAGUAUACGACCUUGACAUUCACCUCUGUAUGAAUUUCCCUAAUACAUUUAAGUUACUUUCAUGAA